AUGGUCCACAAAGCCGAGUACCUUGAAGAACACGAGACCCAGAUCUCCUCCAUUCUGAGCGGCGGUUACGCCCACCCUCUGUCUCGACAGUGGCAGCAGAAGAACCGCCUCACCAAGGAUAUGUUCAUCUAUCCUCUUUUCGUCACUGAUGAUCCCGAGGAGGAGACUCCUAUCAGCUCUCUUCCCGGCCAGAAGCGAUGGGGCGUCAACAAGCUGGUGCCCUACGUCGACUCUCUGGUCAAGAAGGGCCUCCGAUCUGUCAUUCUUUUCGGUGUUCCUAUGAAGGAGGGUGUUAAGGAUCUUGAGGGAACUGCUGCGGAUGAUCCCGAGGGACCCGUUAUUCAGGCCACCAAGGCUCUCAAGAAGGCCUUCCCUGACCUGUUUGUCAUGUGUGACGUUUGCCUGUGCGAGUACACCUCGCACGGUCACUGCGGCGUUCUUCGAGAGGACGGAACUGUUAUCCGAGACACAACUGUGCGACGUUUGGCUGCCGUGGCUGUCAAUUACGCCAAGGCAGGAGCUGACUGUGUGGCACCCUCGGACAUGAUUGACGGUCGAAUCCACGACAUCAAAAAGGGCUUGCUCAAGGCCGGUCUUGCCCACAACGUCAUGGUUAUGAGCUACACUAAGUUCUCCGGAAACCUGUACGGACCUUUCCGAGAGGCUGCCUGCUCUGCUCCCAGCCACGGAGACCGAAAGCGAUACCAGCUCCCCGCUGGCGGUCGAGGUCUCGCUCGACGAGCUCUUGCUCGAGACCUGGCCGAAGGUGCCGAUGCCGUCAUUGUCAAGCCUUCCACCUUUUACCUGGAUAUCGUGGUGGACGCUGCUGAGAUCUGCAAGGACGUGCCUAUUGCUACCUACCAGGUUUCCGGAGAGUACGCCAUGAUCCACGCAGCUGCCGAGAAGGGCGUUGUUGAUCUGGAGGUGAUGGCCUUCGAGGCGGCCUACGGUAACCUGCGAGCCGGAGCCAACCUCCUUAUCUCUUACUUUACCCCCGACUUUCUCGAGUGGUUGGACCACCACCACUAA